AUGUAUAAGCACAAAUAUCAUAACACAAAAGGGAAGCAUAAAAAAGGUAACAAAAAUGUCUAGAAAAUACUGAAUGAUAAUAUAUUUUCAUAUGUUGCUGAGAAAAAACUAGUGUGUGGUGCAGUAAGUACUGUAUGUGCUUUUGUGGUAUCUGAAUUCUUGACUCAAAGGCUUUAUUUUGUUUUACUAAUCUGUUUGAAAUUAGCGUGGUUUUCAUAAUUAAUCUCUUGUUAUAGGAAGAUCAGAAUUACGAAUAAUUUCUUUGCAGCCAAAUUUAUAUCAUUUGAUAAAGCUGAGGGUAUGUUAAAUGUUGUUUUGUUCUUUUAAGGAACUACAUGCGUCAUCAUUUCUUUGUCAUAAAUUUUUUGAGUUUUCAUUUCUAAUCUGUGUUAACUUGUAUUUGCUUCAUCCCGGUAAACCGUCAUUAUUCUUAAAUGGAUAAAUUAUAAAUUUUGAACUUCAUUUGAAGUUUGUUUACUAACUUUAAUUUUUAUGUAAUCAAGUGAGAAAAGAUUCUCUUUAAGCACCAAAUUAAGACUGCUAUAAGGGCAACUGUGAAAUUGGGAAAUAAUGUAUUUUUUUCAUUAGAACUAAAUUUAUUGCUUACACUGCGUGGUUACAAUGUAUUUCACCAGGAACCAGUACCUUUGAGUUGAAAUGUUACCAUAGACUUUGAAAGUGAAAAGUUACAACUGAAGCUUUAUUUUUCUAAGAGUAGCCUUUUGGCAGAGCAAUAAGUAAUAAAAAAAAUAUUUUUGUUUUAAAGCAGACUGAGCUGUUUCUUAUAUAUGUAUUAUAAUAUUAUUUGAAAUACUUGCCAACUCGAAGCCUGUCUAAUCUGUCAUGUUUAAUUGAAAAAUUAAUCCAUUGACCAGUUUUAUCUUGUCACUUAAGUUUGUCAGUGCUAUACAUUGAUUUUGGCACUGUUCAGCUACUGCAGUGUCACUUUUGUAUAUACAAUAGUUUCAAAACAAUUGUUGGAAUAUGGCCUGUAGAUUAACUCCAUUUCAUUGACAGCAUAAAAAUGUUUGACUUCAAUGUUGAACUCAAACUGCAUAGAAGGUCAGAAGUGUUGGGAACUCUCCAGUGAUAUUGAUCAGUAAAACUUAAGUGACUCCCACCACAAACAAUGUUGACUUGUGAACGAAAUGGAUGGAAAUGAGUCCUUUUUUGUGCACAACAUUGCUGGGGGUGGGGGGGGUGGGGGGAGGGGUAACAAAGGGAUAGUCCCAAAGCUGAUCAAAACAUUACAACAUGUAGGCCAGAGCAGAGUCCUUUGUAAAACGUUUUUGGAAGGGUUUUUUCUGUACUAAGUUCUUUUGACCCUCUCAAAUAGAACAGGAUUCAGAACGGAGAAGAAGUCAGUCUCUGAAUCCUCUUUUUGUGAAAAGCUUUUCUGUGUAUUUUAAUUUGCACUCAUGAUUGUAAUUCAGCAGUCAAAAAAUUAAAUCACUGACAGCUCAAAGUUAAUACAGUUGUGUGGGUUAUAUUAUAAUAUUCAAUUUCAAGAAUUUAUUUUUAUUUUGUGCAAAUAGGUGGAUCUGAUGCUGAGUAUGAUGAAGAAAGUGAGCUUUUUGAGCAGGAAUGUGAUGUCUUUAUGAAGGAUUUUGUGGCAAAAAUCUUCUUAAUCAAGUAAGUUACUUAUCUUCCAUGUAACUCGCAAGGAUAUUUUUUCUGAGUCACAUAUAUUGACAUUGGACAAUUCCAGUUGCUAGUGGCGAAGCUGUGCAAACUCCUUUUUAAGUCCGAAUUUGGCGAAAAAAUAAACACCAAUUACGGUAAUUUUACUCCUCUUUGUUUUCUUGUGCUGUUUUGACGUUUACAAAGCAAAAUAGCUCAAAUUCAGACUGUUAAAAUGUUUCGACCACAACAGUAGCGUUUUCAAGGAACUCACUCUACACUUUCUUGUCCAGAAAUUCCCCCAUGCCUUCGGAUUUCCAACCGUAAAUACCCCCCAUGCCCUCAGAAUUCCAUAAUCGUGAACCCCCCCUCCCCUUCGGAAAUCCUAAAAGCCGUCUGUGGUAUAGUAUGGAUAUUUUCUGGAAUCGCCCAUUCCAGUCCAAUGAGCAUGCAGGAUGUUUGCAACAUGAACCUUGUUAAAUGGUCCAAGCUCUAUAUCUAGUCUUCUUCUUUAUUGGUCUUUAAUACUUAGGUCCAUAACUACAAUCAUGGACAAAAGUCUAGGGACACUUUUGCAUUUCUGGGGGGUUCUCCAAUUCACACAGGUCCAACCCCUCCCCCUCACCCCACAAACAAUGUUGGACGCGUGUAUCCAGAAUUUUUUCCGAGUUUCAACUUUGAAAAGGAUGCACUGUUUUAAGAGGGUACAUAGAAAUGAGAGAAAAAUGUGAAUAAGCAGUACCGUUCCAAGGACUUUUGUCCAGGAUUGUAGUCUUCUGUAUGUAGCUCAGAUCAGUGGUAGAGGAUGUAAAACAGUAGAUCAUACAGCAGGGUUGUCAAAAGUAGCCGGCUGCUGAAGAAAUCGCCGCCUAUUUGGUUAGUAUUGACCAGCUACUCUGCUUGGCAUUUCAUUACGGAUGGUGUUUUUUAAAUAAAAUAUCCCUGGACUGGACACUUCUUUGACAACUCAGCUAUCUAGUUCAAACCUUUCUGACAACCCUGAUGCAGGUUAGGUUCAACUCUUGCUGGGAGAGCUCAGAUGUUUUUUCUGAUUUGCUUGUGUCCCUGACUAUAAAAAUAAUACCCUAUAGUAACUAAUAUGAUAUUAUGCAGCACAGAAUAUUUGAUGGAAAGUUUCUUAAUAAUUUUUUUGCUUAACCUUCUCGAGACUAAUCAUUUCCUUGGAAAACCACUGAAAAAGUGAACUGAUUCUCUGAAUUUAGAAUUAAAGCUGUUAUCAUUUGGUUUGCAGGAGUGAUAUUUCUCAGGAAGAUAAACUGAAGUUUGGAAUACUAAAUCAGGUUUUUCAUUAUCAUUGAAAUUUAUGAUAUUUAUUACCUGCAGAGCAUACUUUUCGAUGUUUUUUUCACGUUUUUCCCCUGUAAUACAAAUUUACUAAUUUCAUGUUUUUUGUUCCUUUGUAGCAUAGUGCUGGGCGUCUUUCAUUUGCUAAGCAUGUUGACAACCAAGUAAGUUCUUAUGUCUGAAGCCCGUUUUCAUACUGAUUGUUACUUUGAUUGCUUGGGUAUUUUAAAACAGUCCAGUGAUCUGAAAGGUCACACCAAUUGUACAUGCUGGUAGUGAUCAGGGGGAAGCAAGUGCAACAUGUAAGGGACUGGCUCUUGUUGUUCUAAAGUUGGAUGGCACUUUUCACUGGAUACAAGUAUAAUAGUGUUAUCCAACUUAUGAAGAAUAGGGUCCUGAAGUGUACCUGUUAACAUGUUUAAUAGUUAACAAGGAUUAUCAGUUCGCGAAUGGCCUUCCAUGUGGGAGGUUAUGGAAACGGGCUUCAUCCACCGUGGCAGGAUUAGCUCAGUUGGUAGAGCGUUUGACUGCAGAGUGGGAGGUCGUGGGUUCGAUUCCCGGGGCCGGACCAUUACUCAGGGUCUUAAAAUGACUGAGAAAUGAAGGUACUUCCUUUGCACUGCAAGCGGCUGGACCUUCACGUGGCUUGGAUGACCAUGUAAAAUGGUGGUUCCGUCUCCAUUAGGAGACGUAAAAAUAGUGUCCCCAAUUGGCACUUUCGUGCUAAAUACAUUGACACUCAAAUAAAGUGCUUUUUUUUCCCAUGUGUGACUUCGAACUCUUAUUUCGGCUUUUCUCAUUUUUGUGUAGCUUUAAGUAUUUGCCUGUAAAACAGGGCACUGAUGGACAGGGAGAAAAGGGGUGGGGUAAGGUUGGAGGAGGGGGGGAGGGGGGGUGAGCACACUGCCAGCCUCAGUUUUGUCAGUCUAAUGUGUGCUGUUAUGAUUUACCGAGUAGACAUAAAAAAGGGACCUUUGCCUUUACUUCAGGCUUCAUAGAAUGAUAGCCUUCAGGUCCCCGUUUUUCAAAAGAUGGACCAUGUUAUCUGGACUCAAAAAAGACCCAUCCAUUUCUCUGGGACAAAUGUAGACUUUCUUGCUGGUCAAGUAAUAAGUGCCCUUCCAACGGCCGAGGGUCCAAGUCAAGUCAUCUCGUAACUAAAAUACUUUUCAAUAAGACAAGCAAAACAUUGUCCUAAAUGAAGAGCAAAAUAAGAGAGCUGAUUUUCCAAAGGACAAGCUGGGAUUCAAGUCUUUAUUGAGUCCUAUUAGAGUGAUCUUUAAUACAAAUAUAAUCCUGCCAUCACCAUAAUGUACAUGUACAAUUGUCGCAGCUGUUUCUUUGCAAUAGCUACAAUCACUGAUUUCUUAUUUAGCAAUUCUAACUUUAUUAAACGCCCAUGAGGAAUCCAAUGUUUAACUCCAGCUUAAGAAAUGUUACCGAAUUUUUUUCACUUUCAUUAGUCAAUAGCCUGAAUUUCAUCCGAUUACUUCGAGUCGUUAUUACUCCCUCAGUGUUGAGAGGAGAAAACGACUCGAAGCAAUCGGAUGAAUUUCAGGCUAAUUAGUCAAGAGCUAUAUUUUCUGGAAGACUGGAGAAAGCUGUCAAUAAUGGCAAACUCAUGUUGUCAAGUUCGAUUUUUAGAGGAACUUUGCUUUUGUUUAUGACACCGCACCGGUACAUUCCUGAGAAUUUCGUGUCUGGGUUACUAAUAUGCAACCAAAAUAUUAUCUUUUCCAAACAGAGAGUAUAUUUCAAGAGCGUUCCGGAAACCGUUUUCUUCAGGCUUGUGCAGUACUUUGCAAUUGUCUUAUUUGAGUAAGUAUAUGACAUGGAUUGUACUACAACUUUACAACUACAAAAUCUUUGAUUGUGCCUCCUAAAAGCCUAGCUUGUUGAGGUCAUCAAAAGAUCCCUCAAAAGUACUUUUUUGUUGAUUAAAUUUCUACUAAGAGUCUCUAACUAAGUAUUUGAGGAUUCCAAAAUGGGAAACAAAAUUGUAAUAGUCAAAAAUGUUAACCUCCUCCACCCCUUGCGAAAUUUGGGAUUGGCAUUAUGAGCGGGACACAGGAAUUGGCGAUUUAUGUUGCGCGAAUCGGGAAGUGUCGUUUUCUAGAGCUGCGGUUUCUUUUUUCGACUGAACACAAGCUUUCCGCUAUCAACCGCUUUUAGUGUUGUGACUGUGGCUACAGUUUUCGGUAUCCGACUAAUCUGUUUCUGUGGUUGAGUUAAUUAACGGGCCCGGUAAGCUGUCUCCGUUUACAUUAAAGAUCGAGGUUUCAAUAGUUUUGCAUCUAACAUCAUAAAACUGUCAGUUAAUUAAACUAAAUGGAGCAGUUUGCUAGCCAGGACCCGCGCUCUUAUUCUUUAUAUUUCGAUUUGAAUUUUUGAUUUCGGGCCCGUAAAGUUACCGGGACUUUCGAGAAACGGGCCCCUGGACCCGCUGUAGACUUUGAGCAGUCUCUCUUUUGCCCGAAAGUCUAUGAGCGAUUGCGAUAUAUAUGUGAGUAUGCAAGCGGCGAAGCCGCGAGCAGCGAGCUGUGCGGGCGCCAGUACUGAAAGUUUGUUUUUGAACACUGCAGUGUUUGGGAUCGGGUUUAGCCGAUGAACAUCCUCGGACUCACGGGACUGAACGAAAAGUCAGUCUGGAUGACCGAAUUGAAAAAUUCCGUUGGCCCGAAGCCUCUUCUAGUAAUAAACGUAGAAUACCUUCCCAGAGUAUAUAAUCUCUCUGUGUUCUAAAAAAAAGGGUGGGCAGCAGGCAGGCAGGUUUAUAAUUACCGUUUAUUUGUGUGCUAGGAUGAGGAGAAGGGUACGAACUUUAAGGGAAAGUGGAGCCGUUGCGGGGGGGGGGGGGGGGGCAAAAAUUCGGGGGUUGGCGCUUUUUCAGUGGCCUGCGAAAACAGCUGACGCCACGUCCUUAGAGGCAAAAAGGGGGGAGAGACGGCUGUUUUCACAGGUUAAUUAUUCAAAAAUUAAUAUUUACUUUACAGAUAAAAAAAAUGCUGUACUUAUCUAACUUGUAGAAGGAGAAAGGAAAUGGGGGGGGGCGGGAGGGGAUGUGUGUAAGUUGUGUUGGUUUGUGGGGGAGGGGGGGGAGGGAGAGGGGAAAGAAGAAGGGGGGGGGGGGGGGGGGGGGGGGGGGGGGGGGGGGGGCACAAAUUCGAGGGUUGGCGCUUAUUCAGUAGCCUGCGAAAACAGCUGACGACACGUCCUUAGAGGCCAAAAGCGGGGAGAGACGGCUGUUUUCACAGGUUAAUUAUUCAAGAAUUUAUAUUUACUGUACAGAUACAAUAGAUGCUGUACUUUGCGUAUAGAAAAAAUAGUUGGUCUCACCUUUUUCUUUGCGAUACUGUUUGUAGUCGACUUCUUUUCCUGAAAAAUUGAUUUUUAGGUGAACAAAAGGAAAUUAAAUUAAGUAGACCGUUAGUUUAGCCUCUCUCUCUUCUGAACGAAAAUUGGAGGCAACAUAGCAAAUAUCGAGCGAAGCGAGUAAAACCAGGGCCAGUAGGCUGCAUUGGGUUUUUGGAAAAACAGCUCUUAAAAUUGAACAACUAUCUUGUAUUUUGAUACCGCCGUUACAAAACGCUUUAUGCGCCGAUACUUUGUAGCACGUUUUUCGUGUGUAUUUUUUUUGUUACUGAGUACCUUCCUGCGAACCUGCUUGCGGAUAUAUCAGGGUUUCUGUUUGAGGCCGAAGGUCGGACGUUUCGUGUGGUUGUUUACCACGUCAUGUCCGGUACUUUGAUGCCAUUGUGCAUGUCUUUUUUUGUUUCCGUUUGUUUGUUUGUUUUUACUUAAAAUUUUUUCAUUUAGCCAUGAAGCCUUUGUCUUAGGAAUAAAAACGCUAAAACAAAACGUUAACCGCUAAAAGUUUACCCUAACUAUUCGAAAAUCAAGAAACAAAUCUCCUGUCUCUAAAAUUCUGGAAACGGCAUUUGUGAGAGUUUCAAUCCCAAAAUUUUUGUGGGGAUCACUUAUGCCUUCGGCGCUCGUAGUCUGCCUUACAGCGGAAAAGUGGUUAUGUCUGGUUUGUGACUGGUACUUUAACGAACAAAUUAUAUAAAUUGGUUACGUUUGAAAUCUGUCGAAAACCUUUUGAUAUCCUUUAAUUAGCCUGCAGUGCUGGUGUAUUUCUUCGGUCAGCGGUAUCGUUAUUCCGUUAUUUCCUGCAAUUGCAAUUUGUGCCCAGAGUCUUCUGGCAUUUUCCUCACCAGACAGAGGAGGACUAGGGAGAGCAGAAGUUGCGAUCACCGCGGUCAAACGUCUAGAUUUUGGGUUGUUUUUGUUGUUUUGUUUUAAUUGCUGGAAUUCCCUUAACCAUUUAGUGGAAAUAUAGGCAAAAAUGUUCAGAAUAAUUGCUUGACGUACUCUAUUUUCAUUUUUCUUAGAAUAUUGUGUUUCCUUUGCGUUGAAAACGCUUCGAGACCGAGUGAAAUUACGCUGGCAAUUUACGCCGACAAUAACACCAUUUUCAGUUUUCAAACAAUUGGAACUAUUUUAUUAAACUUCAAAAAGUUUAGUAAAUCAACAACGUAUAAGUCAUUUUUUCAACAAUCAACAGUGAAAAUAACCGUAGCUUAAAAAAAAUUUCUUUCAUUUUGAUUUGACCGCUGUUACCAUAUAAUGUAGCUCUUUUUUUGUUAUUAAAUUUCGUUUUUGUUGAAUUAUACAAACUGAAAAGUGCCACAAUAUAAAAGAAAGUAAAGCUCUGUUUUUGCUUGAAAAAAGGCAAGGGAAAAAAUAUUACAAGGAUCAGUUCAUUCCUUACUCAUAAGAUGGGCAUUUUUGUAUUAAAUCUGCUUGUUCUUACUUACCCCGUUGCUGGUACGAACUCCUACUCUUGUAGCGCUGGUUUCCUAAAAAUAAUACCACAACACUAAGUUAACCUGCGUCGUUUUAGUAUGAAAACUAGUCAAGUGUUUGAAUAAAUGGGAUGAUGAUGUUGUCCAAAAGCCUACCCCUCACUCCCACCUUUUGCGGCAAUUUGCCAAACAAAGAUAACUUUUUUUGUUCGUCAAUGUAGUAUGGAAUACCCAGUUGGACAAAAUCUAGUUUUCAUUUAUUUGAAAGGUGUUACAUCUCUUCCUAUUCUUUAAUUUGUGCCUACCUUUCAAAUACUUUUGUUUUAGAAAAAUAUUUCUCCCAGAUGAAAGCAUAAAUAUCAGAUGACGGGAUUUUUUUGCAUCGGUAUAAACAUCACGCUGUCUUCCUUUCUAAGCGACAGAAGAUUCAUAGUCUUACCGCCUCUUUGAGGUCUUUAAGAUGUCCCAAAGGACUUAUUUUAUACUUUCCAAGCCCAUCGUCUUUUAGAUGUAUCUUGUAAUCGUGAAUUAAGUCCGUGGAUGAAUGAGCCUGUUCCAUGUCACUAUUAUCGUCCUCGGAAAUUCUUUGGUUUAACCGAUCGUAAAUAUACAAAUACGACGGCUUUAUCUUCCCCAAGUGGCUCAUUUUAGACAAUGCUUUUGACACACGAAGAAGAUUUAUUCCCGGCUAUAUUAUGUUUUGUACAAAGUAUCAACUGCAGAAAAAUACCCAUACAGUUGGUCGUUUAAUUAUUAAUCAGGUUAUCUCUAAAUGGGGACUAUUUCCGAUAACAGUCCUUUGUGGUUUGAGUCUAAAAUCCUUCGAGGAGAUAAUUAGCUUUUCUUUCACUGGUCCUAAUUAGCGAAUAAAUGUAAACUAAAUUCAUUAUUAAUCACAAAAAUAUACUCACGGUCUUUUGAUAAUUACACAGUCAAGGUAUUUGACACAGUUUAUGUAGAAGUUGAGGUAAAUAUACGUCUUUUUAAGAUUUAUAGCAAAACAACACAACGAAAAAGCAAAAAAGAAGGAAAAAACAAAAAUUAUAAUGCUAUUAGAAAUUCUCUAAAAGGUUUCACUUACCAGGUUCAUGUCCUUUGGUGGAUUUUCCUCGAUUGUUAUCUUAAAAAGAGAAGUAAUGUGUUGUUUGUGUUUUUUUUUUAUUAUCAAUGAUCUUAACAGGCUCUGAUUGUCUUGGAAUGCAAGGCGUACAGUAAUAAUUCCAAGUCUCAUUUCAUUUUUCGAAAUCAUAUUGCUUUACUGUAAAAAAGAGUGAAGCAAGUGAAGUAUUUUAUUUUGCAAUUUCAUGUUUUUGCAAGAAUCUUAACUCUAGUUCUGAAAGUUGUCGUUAUCUUCGAUCGAGGUUUGCAGUGAAAAACGUAGAAAAUGUCCUAGCGCGUAGCAAAACAAUUUGAGUAGCCCUGAAAGUUUUAAAAUAUUUAUCGAACACGAAAAGUAGUGAAUACUCACCUUGAGGCCAAAAUAGUCUGCUAAAAAUCUGUAACAAGAGUGAUGAAUAUCUUGAGCGGGAUCGUUUUAAUUUUUUAAGUGUGUUCGGCACCUGGUGUAAUUACACACUGAAAACAAUUUUUACCUUCGCAAAACUAUAAAUCGUUGGCAAGUACCAUUAAUAAGUAAUGCCGAAAACUUGUCCAUUGUUUGUCAAAGUGAUUUGCAACAAGUAUUUAUAAAACACCAUAUAUUUAUUCACGUCGAUUGGGACUUUUUUUACUUUUGCUAAUUACUAGAAGUACUUGCUUAUCAUGUGCUUACACAAGAAAUGAAACGACACUUAGCUCUUUAAAACUUCAAUUAUAUUUGCUCGUUUUUUUGUUUUGUUUGUUUGUUUGUUUUGAAAACCUCUUGAAUAAAUUUGGAAUAAGAAGGGAUUUGCGUUUUACUCUUCUUCUUCUUCCAAAAUUUCCUUUAGUUAUGUAACAUAAUUCCUCUGUUACAGAGGGGGCAGGAGAUGGGAUUGGGGUUGUACUUCCCCACGGAUUAAGAAACGAUCUCUCUCUGAUCACUCGCUGGAUUUGUCUCUCGUUGGUCCCGAGUUCAAAUCCGCAGUCAUGAUUGUAAAUGGUCAUCUGGUCGCUUCCUGGGGUGUUUAAAUCCUGUUAUGUUAUAUCUGUGUUGUUUUUUUGUGCGACUUUUUGAGUGGAAUGGUUUUACAAACUAGCCACAGCAGCUAAGUGCACUUCCACUAUAAACAGUUUUUUUUUAAUUAAAUGCAAUUUAAGGAAUAAAAUGGACGAGACAAAACUUCGAUCGGGCGCCUUGAAUCUCUGCAUGACCUUUAGAUAAUUUGAAAUUUGGAAGUCCUCCGAGGCCCAGGGGCAGCUAAUCGUUAAAGAAUAUUCACGAUCGUUACAGUCAAAGUUUACUACUUGAACGGGAGCGGCCUGGGGCAGUUACUUUUUCCAGACCAGUUACUAGUUCCUACCAGAAGUAUUUUAAGUCCUUGAUUCUAAUUGUUGUUCUCAUGAUUUUCGUCGUUUUAUUUUUAACGAUAUUGUUUUUAUCUAAGGUGUAAUCAAGCUGAUGACUUUGAACCUGCUAAGAUUUUGAUGAACAUGUGUUUUACGUUCUUUCUUGAAGUUAACAAAGGUUUGUGUAUAUCUUUUUACCUCUGUAUGUAUGUAUAAACGGCAUGCGUUUUGAUCAAGAGACUAUAAAGUGGACAGAGAGGGCAUCCCCCACAUACACCCUAUUCCAUAGGUAAUUCGUCUCGAGUUAUUUUUAACACCACAGAUCUCAAGGGGGAUUAGACAACAGCCAAUCACAUAGCGCGAAUGUGUUCCGCGUGGAUGACCCACGCUGAGAGCCGCGCGUCCUUCACGAAUUGACGCAGAACAAAAUGGGGGAAGACGCGGAGAGCGAUUUUUGCUAUUCCUUUUGUCGACGAAAACGACUACAGCGAGAUUUCUGCGAAAGCUGUGUCAGCGAAACCGAAAUUUAAAAAGAAUCGCCCUUCCUCUCUUGUAUAGAGCUAACAGUAGAGCAGCGAAAUCCUUAACACACUGAAUAUUCUCUCAGGAUCAUUUAUAAUUUACAGUUUGAAGAGAGUAAUUUCUGGUUUGAUGUUUAUUGUUUUCAGUCUUUAUAGCGAUUAUUCCUACCCACUUACUUUGUCAAUUGUAGGCGAACCCUCCUAAAGCUGAAUUUCAAGGGACCAUAUUCAAGCUCAGCAAGAGAAAUAAAAUUUCGUCGUUGCUUAUUUACGUCCUCCAUAAAACAGAAAAUUAGGCAUUUUCACGUCGUAGUCGCACAAAAACGGGAAAGAAAUGAACAAAAAAGUGUGUUGCACGUGCGAAGUUGUUGUUUUGCUAAUUAAACCUAUUGUUUUUUCGACGUUCUAGUUGUCGUCCGCCUCGUUGGAUCUUAAACUCCCUAAAUUGUACAAACGACCGGUUUCAAUAGACCGGCGAAAUUUCUCAUUUUAUUAAAGCACUGAGGUUACGACAACUUUGAGUUAAACUGAUUUCACGGGUUGUCAAAAAGUCCAGCGAUUCCUUUUUCCCAGGUGAGCGCCGACUCAUUUCGCUUCAAUAUUCAGGAAUGCUCUCGAUCUUUUUACGCUUUCAUUGCAUCUCGCCCGACAUGUUUUGCACGGCGUUUGGUCAUGCGAAACCUCCACGAAACAUCCACGCCUCGCGCGAGGUAACUCUAUCCCGAUUCUAAAAAUAAUUCGAGACGAAUUACCUAUGAAAUAGGGUGUAUAUGGGGGAUGCCCUCUCUGUCCCCUUUAUAGUCUCUCGGUUUUGAUCGAUUGACGAUCCCAUACGACGUUUACAAGUAAGCUCCACUUAGAGAAUCAAUAUUCGCAACAGGACAUCCACAACAUUGGACCAACUUGUUGGCUAACUGUCAAUCGCUGUGGUUCCUGUUUUUCCAUUUUCCCUGUAUUUUUUUGUCUGUUUAAUUUACGUGGCCAGCGGUAUAUUUUCCUAGACCAAGGACCGCGCGGUCGUUAGCAUGUGUGACAUGUGUUUCCAAUUUUAGGUUGCAUUUGUUUUCUUUACUUAUCGGUUUUCAUUGUACUCACCGGACGUCGCAAAACGUGUUUGUAAGUUUCUUUUGUUAGCGUUUUCUGGAUUUGGCAUUUCCAAGUGUUAUUUUAAGUUUUCCAUUUUACUUUUGUAAUUUUUGUAUCUUCGUCUAGAAACCACGUUUAUCGUGCAGUUGAUACAUGAAUUUGACACGUAACAUCUUCAUGUAGUUCCGAAUUAAAGGUUAUAUUUUUUUGGCGGCUACAAUCGCUGUGUGGCAUGAGUGUGCCUAACUAUCCUCCAUAAUGUCAUGAGAAACUGAGGCAUUGGGUGACCUGACCUGGGUUACGCCCCUCCCCCCCUCCGGUGGAGGGGGGGGGUACUCCCUUAUAUAAGACUUAUAGGUAUGUGUUGCUCUAAAGGGUAUGGAUUUUGAGCCGUAUUGGUCUGAAAAUGGGUAUAGACUUUGCCCAUUUUGGUUUGGAAUCAGGUAUGGUUUUCGAGGGAACUACGGGAGUGUAUGAACGUAUUUAUCGUUUCAAAUCCAAAUGAGUAAGAAAGAAAGAGAGACCGACAAAUACGAAAUGGAUUUUGAUAAAUCUUUAUUGUUGCUGUUCUAGUCUUAGUAAUGAUGACCUUAUUUCUUAGAGGCCUGGUCUGAAAACGGGUGAGAAAAAUGUCCUUUUUUGGUCUGAAAUAGGGUCAGGAUUUGGACAACCAAAUCAAUGGACAAUCAAAAAAAUGUGCCUGCUAUUUUCUGCUAUCUGUGGUUCCUUUACAGUAUAAGGGAAAGCUGUAUCCUUUUUAAAGUAGAUUUAGGGGCAAUGAAUCACUGUUGAAAUUUGCUUUGUAAAUGAUAUACAAAAUUUUUCUCAGGUAGUGAAGAGUCGAGCAAACAGUUCAUUGUACCGUAUUUGAGAGAUCAGCCUAUUUGGUGAGAAUAUAUUUUUUGUAUUUUUCUGUUGUUUUUUUUGGUUCCCCUCUUGAAAUACAAUACCAUACUAUCAUGUUGGACCAUUUAUUCAAACAGACCAACUCUUUUAGAAACGCCAGUUUUUUAAACAGUUGCUUAAUUGUAUUCUUGUUAGUCCGUUGCCUGUUUAUCAUAGUUGUUUUUAAUUACCUGGGACGGGUAAAGGUACCUUGUGCAAACAUUGACCUCAACCAGUUAGGCGUCCAGCGGUUUUAGUGAAAACAAGGGUUUGGGUGGGGUGCUCAGUCUCGCGGGCUCAUAAAACCUGGUCUCGGUCAUCAAGGAUUUUCUAUGCAAAACCCUCGGGCACUCCCUUAUUUAGCCUAGACGGGUAUGUGCCGCUCAACAGGGUCUUAUUUUCAGGGUCUUGAGUUCAUCGCUAAUAUGAGUUUUAAAUAUAGGAAAUCCCUGCGGUUUUGGAACGCAGCAUUUUUCGAUGCAGUCCACGGCGAAAAAGAACUUCCAGCCAUUCCGAGGUUUGUAGAUUCAGCUAGGUGCUAGCUGCUAUUUGUAUUUGCUUACUUUUGAGGGACGCUAUCGUUUUGAAAAAGUUUUUGCAACAACAGAAUCAUACGAAAAAUGCCUCAGUUAGUUAAGGAAUACGGUUUGGCCACCGAUAGUGAGGAUCACAUAGAUUGUAACUUACACUUGUGUGGCCUCGAGUAAGAAAAUCCAAGUCAGACUUGGAUACUGGAUCCCACGCCGUGGAUUUCGGAUUCCAGCUAUUGGAUCCGGGAUCUUCGUCAUUGGAGCCUGGAUUCCGGAUUCCAAUCAUAAGUGGGAUUCCUGAUUGCUGGAGCUGUGUUCCGGAUUCUAAAGCCCGGGAUUCCGGAUUCGACAAGCAAAACUUUCUGGUAUUCCCUUAAGCUACCGACAAACGGACGCAACAGCCCCCAACACUGUUGGCCAACAAUGUUGGGUGUUGUUGCGUUCAUGUUGGCAGCGGUGUGCAAACGGAUGCAACAACUCCCAACAACAUGUAACAACAUGCAACAGGAUGUUCAAACGGACGCAACAUGUAACAUCCAACAAGGUUGCGUCCGUUUGCACGGAGCUUUACAUGAGGGGGGGGACCUGUAUAACGAACUUUAGCCACUUGCGAAGUAACUGGAUAAUAAUUUUUAAAAAGCCGCCAGCUACGCAGACUACUAAAUUGAUUGAAAGACAAAAAUAACCGCUUAAUACAGUAAGGGAACGUUACAUAACACAGCAAGUAAGCAAAUACAAAGCGGGCACGGAUGGACAAAGCUGAAAAAGACUGCAUAUGAGGCUUUGGACAUCUGUUCAGCCUGUCAAUUUUUUUUCUUUGUUAUUUGAAACUUUCAAAUCGUUUACCAGGACUUAUUCGGUUAAAAAUACACAACAGCAAAUAUGACAAUUAUUUGCUUAACUUUCAUUUCAAAAAUUCCUGAUAUCAUCGUUAGCUACCGCCGGUUGGCAUUUUUAUUUUUAUAUUUACAUUUACUUCUUAUUUGCAGUGACUUGUGGCACAGCUGGUCUCCAGAAGAACAAAUGGAGUAUGAGGAAUGUGACAAGAACAGCAUGUUUGGCAAACUAGGGUGCGUAGCAGAGCCCCUCUCUUAGCUUUGCCUACCGCGAUACUUUUCAGUGUUAUAUUUCUCACCCAGUUCCUGUUGCGCCUUGGUUGGUCAAUGCUACUAUAAGGCCCACUUGCAACUUUCGAUACGGACCGAGAAAAUGAGGUUAGUAAGAUACAUAUUUAUAUCUUCAAGGUUAAUUGGGCGCGCAACCUGAUUUUCAGACGUCCGUCCGAGGUUCGCUCGCGGCCUCUUUUGGAGAGAAGGGAAGGGGCCACGAUCGAACCUCAGACGUCUGAGAAUCAGGCUACUACGCGCCCAAUUAACCUCGGAGAUAUGUGUAUCUUACUAAUCUCGUUUUCUUCGUCCGUACUGCAAGUUGCAAGUUACAGAUCAUAGAAAUAAGAAUUUGGUCGUUGGAAGUUCUCUUCACUACGUGUAGUGUAAUAGUAGGGAUGAAAUUAACUUUUUGUACGCGGGAGAAUCUCAUUAACGUUCGGGGAAAUACAUCAAUGCCGAGGAUGGAUAGCCCUUUGUCUUUAGCGCAUAAGAUAUUGGCGAAGUCUAUGACGUCAUCGGCUUUAAUGUAUUCCCCUCACGUUAAUGAGAUUCUCCCCCCCUGAAAAACGGUUCAUUUCAUCCUUACUAUACUACUUCUGCCGUUCAGCGUAAUGCUAAAACUACCUCCAGUAGGGUUCUAGAUUGCGAUCCUUUUGAAGCCUAAGGAUCUCGUUACUAUAAGUUUUGCACUGACAGUAAAAGUCGGAAAACCGUGAACACCUGAAACGUUGUAGGAAUGUUGAUUGCCUAGUGCCAAUCAGAACAAAGACCAGGACAGACAAGUAGAUCACAAAGCCACUUACGCUUUAGUUUCUCACGCCUAAUUUACUUUUUCCUGACAAUACGUUUGCAUUCCGGUACUAUUCUGGUUUUCACGGUUUUUUGUUUCACAGUAACACAUAUCAUUCCAGGAGUCCGUGAAUUUAUGCUUAUGCCACAACUGUCGUAGGUUUUUAUUUGUUUUUUAUUUCCCACUAUCAGCACUUUUCUGAGUAAUAUGAAAGCUUUUGGAUUGAGCAAGGACAUCUGCAAAGAAUUUCUUCUGAAAAUGAGCACCAUUGGGGAACUUAAUCAAGGUAGGUUGCCAUAGCAACACAUGUAAUGAAGCGGACCUAUAAAAGGGGUUGUGUCGCGGCAGUCUAGUUACAAAGAUACACUUUCUUAUUUUUUUAUGUAACUUAACGUUAGCAAAGAAAUUACUAGCAAAUGAAAAAAGUCACAGCUUCUUGUAAAGAAAAAAUGGAUCAAUUUCGUUGUCUGGGAAACUGCCCACCUACCCCUCCCUUAAGCCAACAUUAACACUUAAUGCUCACUUAGGGCAAAAUGUUGGCCUAGGGGAGGGGUAGGCGGGCAGUUUCCCAGAAACCUAAUUGAUCCGGAAAAAUAUAUUCCAUGCAUUAUAUCAGACGCUGAACACAGCGAAAAGACGUUUUCAAAAACCACAAUUGUAAUCCGUUUUUGUCUUCUUCAGAUUUGUCAAUCUGUGCUUUUUUGGAUGUUUAUACUUUCUAUUACUGUUUUAAGCAGUUAUUUUUGUAUUUCACUCAAUUUAGUGGCAGUUCUCACUGUUUGAGGUUCGAUAAAUUUUCUUGUCACAGCUCCUUUUAAGGAUGGGUACUUUCUACCUCAGUCAACAGUUUCCAGUCUUUCCUAGGUUCGCUCGAGUUUUCUGGAGUUUGGUCUUUGGUUGAGUUUAAGGGUGGAGCGUGGGGCUGAUAAUCUAACCUAAAGUAAUGUUGUUUCGUUUUACAGAACAAAUUUUACUUUUGGAGAAAAGCUUAGAUCAAGCAACUGAAGACGAACGGAGGCGGUGACACAACACCCACCGACAGUAUUUUCAAUUUCUGUUAACUAUGUUAAUUUACACUAGAAGGAAUGUUUUCGGUGGCUAAAGCAGUCAAAAGUAAUCGCAAACUGAGUGUUUGCACCCGAACUACUGCACCGAUGAAUAUUACGCUGGAACAUCAUAAGAAAGGCCAAUUUAUACUUCAAAGUUUCUGGAUCGCUUUCUACAAUCCUAAAGUCCUUGGGACAGUGAUGCAAUAUUCGGUAAUUGUCUGUAAUUUCUGGGUGCCCUCAUAAAACGGUGCUACCUUUUAGAAAAUAUCUUGCAGUUCUCCCUCCCCUUUCCACCUUAUACAAUGUUGAAACUCGGGACAAAUUUUGGAUAGAGGCGACCGACGUUGUUUGUGGGUGGGGAAAGGGGGCGGUUUAAAAAGCCCCAGGACUUUAGUCUGUGAUUGUAGUUGAGAUUGAUAGCACCAAAUCAAGCACUCGAUCCUGGGCCUGACAUCGUGCUUUAAAUGUAGAACGUAGCGUAGUGGUCCGGGCUUCCUUCCAGUUUAAACGUAAACAGAUUUCUUUGAUGGCCUUUAAUCCUCAAUAGUUUUAAAAUUUUAUAUAUAAAAAAACCUCAAUUGACGAAGUUUGAACUAAAUUAAUGUAUUUGAGAGUUGUACCAACUAUUUUUAAAUAAUUUUAUUCCAUUUAUUUCACUCUUAAAGCAUUUGUAACACAGCUAUGAACGAAACAAAUGUAAAUUAUUUAUUGGUAACAAGCAACUUGCGUAAGUUAUUUAGUUUUGCAGUUGCGACUCAGCUUCACCGCAAAAAUUAUUAAAAAG